GAGGCCUAAAGCCGGCUGCAGGUAACCGUGAAUAACCAAUGACUUGAAAACAAUUGGGUUAUCCCAUUUACGAAAUCUCAAAGACUUUGCAGGCUUGCUGAUAUCGUUGUUUUGAAGGGAAAGCACGUCGUGUGAAUGAAUCGCUGUUCAAGAUGAAUCUGUACCUAGACAGAAAGAGGAUUGCGUUCAUCCUUUUAAGUUUUCUUUCGCUACUGUUUUCACUGAUAUGUACAUUUGCAAAAGGAUGGUCGACGUACAGAGGAGCGAGCUACGGGUUAUUCUCACCCGAUAUCAAGAAUGACAACGUUUGUGGCGCACUAACCGACGAUAAUUCCAGUUGCCUUCACUGGUUUCGCGCAGCCCAAGCUUGCAUGCUUCUGGGUUUACUGUCCCAUAUUCUGACAUUUGUGGGGUUAGUUCUUGCCGAAACGAGGAAUUUCAGGUUUUGGCUGGCGGGAACUGGCGAGUUCGCUGUUGGUACGUUCACUAUACUGGCAUUAAUAGUUUACUCGUUCCAGUCUCCAUACCAAAAAGGCGUUCCUCUCUUCGACUUAGGCUGGGCCUUCAAGCUCGCUUGGACCAUUGGUUUCUUUUCUCUGGUCGCAGCGGUCAUUGGCAUUUCAGAUGGUACCAAGGCGGAAGGAGUAAAGCUCUAGCUUAUCUCCCUCAAAACUUUAAAACUGUUUACGAGAAUCCAGACAGCUAUUUAUAUUUUUGGCAGCUAUUUAUGUUGGGCUGAAACUCCAUAAACCAGAAUGAACUUCUCCUGGUUCCAUUAAACAUAUCUAACUAACAUUAUUGGAAUUUAACUUUUUAUUUAUCUCAAGAUUUAUAUAACAAGUGGUAUUAGUUGCUCUCUUAAAGGCCUGUUUUUUUAGAAAAUAUUUAAUGUAGUGUAAAAAAACUUUGCAAAUUUUAAUUUUUUUAGUUCCGUAUUGUCUUUUAACUUCUCUACGAAGCAAAAUAAAAGCGACAAUAUCAACACACACAACAUUUAUUGGGAUAUGUAUAGGCCCGCUGUUGAAAAUGGUUCGUCAGAGUAGGAUUGGAUCUGGGUUAAAACUGACUUGCCAUAAACUCUUCUUUUAUAAGAAUGUUGUUUAUAAGAAUAUUCUGGCUCAGAAUCAUGAAAUUUUUAAAAAUAUUAUGAGAAUAUUACACAGACUUCGAUAGCAUCUCAUUUUGCAGCAGUUGAUUGCUUUGGCCGUGUUCAGAACAGUGAAUCGCAUGAGUGACAUAUCUUUACAAAUAUCAUGGUUUCUGUUCGAGGGCGGACGAUGUUCCCCUGAACCAUAUCAGAUUUGCGAAAAAUAAGAAUACUUUCAGAAUAAAUUCGGGUUCAAAACCAAAAUUUUUAAGAAUAUCGAGGUUGGAAAAUUUUUUUAGUAUUCUUAAAAAAAAAUGCGAAACGAAGUUUGAACACCGCGAAGAAAUAACUAAUUUGCUUUACUCUGUCGUUCAAGUAAACUCAUCUAUUCUCUGAUUGCGAUUCUUCACCCUGAUAAUAUUUUUUAAUGUUUUGUGUAAUAGAAAUCUUGUGUUUAAUUACAACACUCCGUUUUGUAUCAUGUUUGGUGAUGGAAAGUUUAUUAGCUAGACUUUGUUUGAUUAUAUGCCUUUUUGUUGAAACAAAUUGCCUUUCAAACUUA